AUGAUCACCGAUGAAGAACUUACACGGAGAAUGGAUGAUAUCUCUAAGAGUUUUUCGACCAAUGUUUUGUACUCCUCGACACUGCAGGAUAAGAUCCAGGAUAAGACCUUGGAUAAGAUAGCGAUGAUUAUCAGAAACGCAACAAGAAAACAAUUACAAUCUCGCCAUCCUCGCAUGCUUAUCACGUGUCUAUUAAGAAUCUUGCUGUACUACGAGAACGUGUUGCAUACGGAUGGGUUUUGCGACUGGAAGCGUCGACGUAAGUUUAAAAUCACCCGAGAAUGCUAUCACGCUUUACUGAAAAGCUACCUACCGGAAAGAUCGCGGGAGGUCGUGGAGACGAUCGUUGAAGCCAUCUAUCAUGAGCGACUCUGGAAAUUCGAGACCUUCUGCUUUGAAGUAAUGUACAGUCUGCUAGACAUCAGUCCUGUCAUUGCUGGACUGAUUAUCCAUGCAAUUUGGAAUAAAUUGACAUUGCCAGAAAUUGGCAUUGAAGAUGCUCGUGGUAUUAUUAGGAUAUUGUACGAGCUUCUGGACGUGUACGUGUGGCCGGCAACGCAAGAUACAGUAGCGACAGUAGAAAGAAUGCUUGGACUCUUCCAUGCCAGUAUAAUCGCACGAUUAACGACGAUCUCCUCUUCUUUAACAUCCUCACCACCGUCAUCGCCAUCGGCGCUUGCAAGCCUCAAGAAGGGUUUAGAAGUUUGUCUAAGAAAUACUAUGAAACAUCUGCCAAAUAAUCAGAUGCUAGUGGUCGUGCAGCACAUGUGCUCAUGGACAGUGGCCGCAGGUACAACUGACGAAUUCGUUCUGGAAUUUGCCAGUACACUGGAAUUCGCUGCUUAUAUGCACCAGGCGGGUCUCUACGAGCAGACUCUCACACCGACAAUCUUUCCGCUGCUGAUGCGAAUGGUGGGCUCGUCCAGUCGGCUCAUCAGCCUACUAGGCAAUCGAGUGCUGCAGUACUUGAUGGAUCGCCAAGACAAUCGAGCGAUCUUCGACACUCCCAAGAUCUUUUUCGAGCACACGCGUCUUGAUCUGCACGUCAUACAGUGUCACAAAGAAGAUCGGUUGUUCUUUAAGUUGCACCGCGAAUUGCUACACGAUAGCCUGCUAAAGAGCCUAAUAAGCCACUCGGACUCACGGAUGAAUCUUGAGGUGACGUAUUGCACGGUAUGCCUGAUCGCUGUUGAAGUACCCUGUGGCUUCACAGCUGCUGCUCUGGUCUGUCUCGCAAUGAAUCUACAGGAGAUCAUCCUGCAACAGCAGAACUAUCGCAUGGAAGUAGCUUGCCACAUACAUGCUACGAUUAUCUCUAUUAUGUCUCUCAUCUGCUGGAUUCACAAGGCUAAAGCUUUCUAUAGCUACGUAAACAGAAUUGUGAUGGAAAGGGCGCAAUGGGCGCCGCAUCUGAAUCCUCCCAUUCAAUCCCAAUACAACUUUGCAUUACACCACGUUCUUUGGAACAAGCCGGAACUACUCUUCGUCGACUGGGAGGUGCGCUAUGGUCUCUGGAAAUGCUUCCGUCUCAUCAACAGCCACAAAAGCGUCUCGUUAAUAACCUGAUCCUACAUUGAAUUAUGAUUUCUGAAAUGAAUCAGGAUUUCACAGAUUUAUUUCUGAGAUUACUUUAUUGUAUUUCAAAUUAAAGAAGAUUCAAGAAAACAGAGAUUUUACGAAAUCAAGAGACCAUGAGAUCAUGCGGGACACUUCUGUAUUUAACAACUGAAGGCAGAAUGAAUAAUUAUAAUUCCGUAUAAAGAGCAAAAUCAAGAUCUAUAAACUAUAGUGAAGCUAAUAGAAAAACAAGAAGACACGAGUAAGACAAAGCAACUACUACGCACAACAGAAAUGACUGCACUAACAACAAUAAUUGAGAAAACAAGGAUGGAUAGAAUAAGAAAUGAGACAGUGAGAGAACAAAGUGGCAUUACUGACAUUGUCAAGUUCUGCAAAAGGAAAAGAAAGGAAUGGUACGAUCACAUAACAAGAAAACCAACAAAUAAAGAUAUAUAAGCAAGGGAACUUACAUCAUAGGGAAAAAGACAACCAUCAGGAAGAUUACCGAAGAAAUUGAUAUUGACUCAACGCUUGCAAAACUUAUUUUUCUAAAACUAUUUUAAAAUAAUUAUUUUAAAGAUUCAAAUAUUUUUGGCGCCCCCGUUUCAUGACGCCCCGCUUGUCUAAAACCGGCCUUGGAUCAAUGUACUGUUUUUGAGAUAAUCUACGUGGAAAGUCGUAGGAAAUCAUCGCACGAAAAUUUUCACGAGUUAAUUACAUGUUUUUACUGAAAUGAAAUUUUCAAGUCACUGUAAACAACACAAAUAGCGUCCGUAUUACAAAAAUAGUACAAAACAUUCUGAGUACAUAUACCGUCAAAAAUGUUAAACUUUACGAUGGAUAUGUCAGGUGGCGCCCUAGUAACACCAGUGUUGCCAAUUCCGGAUAUAUAAAAAUAGCAACCCUCGUGUGUGUAUAUAUAUAUAUAUAAUCAUUUAAUCUUUACUUCAUAAAGUACCCUUACAUACGUGUCGAGCGUCAUGGACUUGCUAUUCAACAAUUUUGAUCAUAUGACUUGUUUUUAGCGAAUAAUAAGCUCACAAUGCUCGAUGCUUGACACUCCUAUGCAAUGGUACCUUUACAUCAAGUUUAUUGUUGGUUUCGGCGCCAUUGCGCGAGAUUGCACGCGUCGCUCAGCGUCGCCAUCUCGGAGCGCAAUGAAGAUCGCAUGAUUUAUGGCGCACUGCUUUUGUAAUUUACGCACAUC